GGGCCGAUGGCUGCGCGGCGGAGCGGGCGCCUGAGCGCGGCGCGGGUCCCCGGAGCGCCCGGACGCGAGCGUGAGCGCGGUGUGGCGCCAUGUGCUAGGCAACGCUGAGCGGAAGGCCACGCCCCAGGCCGCCAGAGCAGUCCCCCCUCGUGUCCUCAGGGGUCACCCCACUGCCCAGGCCCCCGCCAUGGCCGGGGACCGGCUCCCGAGGAAGGUGAUGGACGCCAAGAAGUUGGCCAGCCUGCUGCGGGGAGGGCCCGGGGGCCCGCUGGUGAUCGACAGCCGCUCCUUCGUGGAGUACAACAGCUGGCACGUGCUCAGCUCCGUCAACAUCUGCUGCUCCAAGCUGGUGAAGCGGCGGCUGCAGCAGGGCAAGGUGACCAUCGCAGAGCUGGUCCAGCCGGCCGUGCGCAGCCAGGUGGAGGCUGCGGAGCCGCAGGACGUGGUGGUCUACGACCAGAGCACCCGGGACGCCAGCGUGCUGGCCGCAGACAGCUUCCUGUCCAUCCUGCUGAGCAAGCUGGACGGCUGCUUCCACAGUGUGGCCAUCCUCACAGGGGGCUUUGCCACCUUCUCCUCCUGCUUCCCCGGCCUCUGUGAGGGCCGGCCUGGCACCCUGCUGUCCGUGAGCCUCUCCCAGCCCUGCCUGCCCGCCCCCAGCGUGGGCCUAACCCGCAUCCUGCCUCACCUCUACCUGGGCUCUCAGAAGGACGUCCUGGACAAGGACCUGAUGACCCAGAACGGAAUAAGCUACGUUCUCAACGCCAGCAACUCCUGCCCCAAGCCCGACUUCAUCUGCGAGAGCCGCUUCAUGCGCAUCCCCAUCAACGACAACUACUGUGAAAAGCUGCUGCCCUGGCUGGACAAGUCCAUCGAGUUCAUUGAUAAAGCCAAGCUGUCCAGCUGCCAAGUCAUCGUCCACUGUCUGGCCGGCAUCUCACGCUCCGCCACCAUCGCCAUCGCCUACAUCAUGAAGACCAUGGGCAUGUCCUCGGACGAUGCGUACAGGUUCGUGAAGGACCGGCGCCCGUCCAUCUCGCCCAACUUCAACUUCCUGGGCCAGCUGCUGGAGUACGAGCGCAGCCUGAAGCUGCUGGCCGCCCUGCAGGGCGACGCAGGCCCCCACUCGGGGACGCCCGAGGCCCCGCUGCCGCAGCUGCCACCACCUACCUCAGAGAGAGCUGCCACCGGGGGCGCGGCAGCCUCCGCGGCCAGGGACAGCGGCCCCAGCGCCUGCGCGGAGCCCCCCGCGCCCGCCGCGGCGCCCGCCACCAGCGCGCUGCAGCAGGGCCUGCGCGGCCUGCACCUCUCCUCCGAUCGCCUCCAGGACACCAACCGCCUCAAGCGCUCCUUCUCCCUGGACAUCAAGUCCGCCUACGCCCCAAGCCGUCAGCCGGAUGGCCCUGGCGCGCCCGACCCCGGUGAGGCCCCCAAGCUCUGCAAGCUGGACAGCCCGUCCGGGGGCGCGCUGGGCCUGCCCUCGCCCAGCCCGGACAGCCCGGACGCGGCGCCUGAGGCGCGGCCCCGGCCCCGCCGGCGUCCCCGGCCCCCCGCCGGCUCCCCCUCGCGCUCCCCCGCGCAUGGCCUCGGCCUGAACUUCGGCGACGCGGCCCGGCAGACUCCGCGGCACGGCCUCUCCGCGCUGUCGGCGCCGGGGCUGCCCGGCCCGGGCCAGCCGGCCGGCCCCGGGGCCUGGGCGCCGCUCGACUCCCCGGGCACGCCGUCGCCCGACGGGCCGUGGUGCUUCAGCCCGGAGGGCGCGCAGGGGGCCAGCGGCUCACGGUUCGCGCCCUUCGGCCGGGCGGGCGCGUCGGGACCCGGCAGCAGCAGCAGCGGCAGCAGCAGCGGGGACCUGCGGCGGCGGGAGGCGGCGCGCGCCGAGCCCCGGGACGCGCGGACGGGCUGGCCCGACGAGCCGGGCCCCGAGACGCAGUUCAAGCGCCGCAGCUGCCAGAUGCAGUUCGAGGAGGGCAUGGCGGAGGGGCGCGCGCGCGGAGAGGAGCUGGCCGCCCUGGGCAAGCAGGCGAGCUUCUCGGGCAGCGUGGAAGUCAUCGAGGUGUCCUGACCCGCGCGCCCCGCCGCCCUGGGCGCCUCGGCUCCGCCGCCAGCGCCCAGGCCGUUAUACAUAUAUAUUAUAUAUAAUGCAAAGAAAGGUAAAUGGUUUUACUGCGAUUUUUAUCGAGAAGUAAAUAUUUCGAUUUUUUUAUUUAUUUAAGCUGUUCAUUCUGGCAAUGACUUGGCAACAGUGCCGGGUGGUCCUCGGAGCUCUAUUUUUACUGUCUGAUAUUUAAACUGAAACAUGUUUCUAAGCAAUAUGAGGCCACCUCCGGUCACAAGCCGGGGUGCCGGGUCUGGGGUCCCCUGGCUGACUCCCCCCGGCACCCGGCACCGCACCGGGCACCUGCAGGAAACACUGCUGACCUUUGCAAAGAGGCUGCCGAGCUUUCGGAGCUUUUGUGCACUUUUUACAUAAGAAAAAGGGGAAAAAAAAGAAAAAAAAAACUUCUUUGCCACAAACUGAGCCGCAGAACCUCCCUUCCCUCCCCCCCACCCCCUGUCCUCUCGGCCCCUCCCCCUCCUCUGCACCUCCGAACCAAAGCCAUAGGUUUGGGGGUGGCCCCGGAGCUGGUGUGCCCUGAGGGGGUACUGCCAGCCCUCCACCAGCUCCAGGACCAAAACCUGGUGGCACGGAGGGUGUCCUCACCACCCGCCGCCCCAGACCUGUUCCUGCUCCCUGCCAGGUGUGGACAGGUGUUUGGCCCAAUGAGGCAGGUUUCAGAGGGGCUGGGAGUAGGGCAGAGUGGGGGCUUGGGAAGAGGGCUCUUGAAUGUGAGCUGAGGUGGGUCUCCAGGGCGGGGCAGGGUCCAGUUCCUUGGAAAGGCCAUUCCUAGGAGGGUGUUUCCCGCCCUCUCCUUGGCAGUGCCCCAGAGCCCCCUGCCGGGCGGGAGGCACUCCCCCCCCAGGAAGGGGCUUGGCCUCUGGGGGUGUCAGGCGGGAGGGCCCUGCUGGCCAGUGCUGGCUCCACUGGUCAGAGGGGAGCUGCCGGCCCAGGGGUUGGAGGGGUGAGAUUAGGGCUUGUCCUGGGCUCUUGUGCCCACCCAGCCCCAGCCCCCCCCCCCCGACUUGGAAUUCAGGCAUCUGCCCACUGAGGGGCCUCCUCCGUGAGCAGGUGCUGCCUUGCUCGGGGAGGCCCUUCCUGGGGUCCUCCCAGGGUCUUGGGGUCCUGCACUUUGGAAGAGCUGUCUCAAGGCAGAUAAAGACCCCUUUUCUCCCCCACCACGGGAGCCUCUUAGGAGAGGAACACCCUCCACCCCUUUCCCAGGGCCCUCCCAGCAUCGUCAAGGUGACAUGCAGGCCCCCACCCCAGGUGGGCCCAGGUAUGCCCAGGUGGGCCAGCCUGGGGGUGAGGGCAGGAGAAGAGCCCAGCUACCCCUGCCCCACACCUGCCUGGGUCAUGGGGACCCAAGGCUUUGAGGGCAGAUGUCCCUUGUCCUUCAGAUGUCCCGAGACUAGGAGGGGACCCAGUCACCUUGUGGAGAUGCCAGGGCAGGAGGGGCCUGGCAGGAGGGGCCACCCCUGGCUGUUUCUUCUAUUUGUUCUUUUGACCCCCAGCCCUCUGUCCCUGUCAUUUCUCCUUCUAAGCAAAAGUCCUGUUCCUGUUCCCUCUGUCCCACCCACCCCUGUUCCCAAGAAGAUAAGCUAUCAUUGUUGUAUUUGCAAUCUAUGGAUUAGAGGUUUAAGUAUUUAUUAUUGGUUAAUUAUUAUUAUUAAUUAUGUAAAUUUGCCUCCUGUCUGUUGCGUUGGGUUUCUGAGGUGACCUGGGUGUGGAGGAUGCACUGGCUCCCCCCUCCUAGCCCCCACCCCUAUGCUGUCUGGGGGAUGGUUUGGGGGCCACUGGUUGGGUCCCAAGACCCCAGAUGCAGGUCCCAUGGCCCCUCCCCCACCCUUUCUCCAGGGCUGCCAGCAUCACUGUGGCUCCUGUCCUGGGGCAGGUGGGGCCCGUGGAGCCCAGCCUCUGUUCUCGCUGGUGAGGCACUGGCCACCCCGGAGGGGGCAGCUGAGAUGGGGGACAAGGUCCUGCCCUGGCUGCUGCCUCCUGUGUGUGCAGGGGCAGCCAGGUGAGGGCCUCUCCCAGGUUGCUUCCCCCUCUUUCCAGGUGUGGAGGGCUGGGCUGCUGAGUCCUCAAGCCCCCCGGCCCCUCCCACCCCUGCCUGGCCAUUGCUGGGCUUUGGGGUUGCCCCCCAAGGGGCCCGGCUCCUUCCUAUUAUUUGCUGGGAGGUCCGGCAGAGGAGAGGCGGCAGGUCCCCAGCCGAGCCUCCCCUCUCUGGGGACCGGGCUGCCAGCACCACAGAACCCCUCCCUCAGGGGCCACACUUCCAGGUCCUAGGCCUGUCCCCUCCUUUUGUCUUUGGAAACAAUGUGUUGUAAUAAAUCCUGAGAUGGAUGUUUUCCCCGGG